AGCUAUCUCGUUUGUACUAUACUAUAAAAUAAUACGAUGAACACUAACUGUUACCCAACUUGACAGUGCAAAUGUCAUAAAAAUAUUGUUAUUGGUCUAAUGAAAUUUUUAUCGGAAAACUUUAUAAUAUUUUCUUCAAAGUGUAAAUUGCUGUGAUAUUUGUUCAAGCUAUGGACAAAUUAUGGAAGAAAGAAGGGGCGAGUUGCGUGUUCGUUAAUCUUUGUUUAUUCGCUGGAAACAGUGAAAAAGCCGAAGAUGGAUGGGAAAAUCUCAGUUUAUACGAAUCAUGCAAAGAUAAUCAACAUUCAACCGAGCUUCGAAUGAAGGGAAACGUAAAAUUUCGCUUGGGUCUUUGGACUGACGCAAUGGACUUUUCCAAUCAAAGUUUGUGUUUCGCUGAAGUCAAUUCGGAGAAUGUUACCCUGGCGUAUGCAAAUCGAUCGGAGUGUUUUUUUCGCAUGGAAAAAUACCAUGAGGCACUCAUCGAUAUCGAAUUGGCCGAAAGUUCAAACAUUUCAAGCCGUUUGAUGUCGAAGCUCGACCAAAUUCAACAAAAAUCGAUGGCAUCAAACGAAAAUGCGAAAAAAUGUGGAAAAAAUGAAAAAAGUCAAGGAACUGAAAAAUGUGAAAUCGACAAAACCAACGAAUGUCCCAAAGUGAAAAUGAAUUUCGAGCAGAAUAGAAAUUAUCCAUGUAUGGCGAAUGUACUGGAUAUAGAAUCAAACCAGAAUUUUGGCCGGCAUUUGAUAGCGAAAUGUGAUAUUCCAGUGGGGCAAACAGUAUUGAUCGAAGAAGACUUUGUGUCAAUGAGAGUGGAUGAUGAAUUGGUGUGCGGUACUUGCUCCAAACCAAAAAUGAACUUCAUCGCGUGUGCCAACUGCACGGAAGCUGUAUUUUGUAACAGUGACUGUAUGAAACGGAAUUUGACUCACAAAUGGGAAUGUGGCACCAUUUUUGCGCAAUUGCACUAUCGAAUGCGAUUUCACAUUCAAGCGAUCCUCUUGGCCGUCGGAACAUUCGGCACCGUUGAACGUCUAAUGGAGUUUGUUGAAAAUGUAUUGCUUGAAGAUCCUGAUGAAGUACCUCCAUCAUUGAACAACGCUCAAUUGAAGGCCCUCUUUGAUACCGACGAAAAACAGCGUUUUUUGAUGCAUUUAGUACUGCAUCAUUUUCUUGUGAUCAAAACCAAUUCAAUCAUCAGCAAAAAUCCAUGGUCAACUAUUUCCGUGUUCAACGUUCUAUCGAUGCUGAAUCAUUCUUGCGUGCCGAAUAUUUACCAUCCACGAAAAGGCAACCAGCAAUACUGUGUGACGAUAAGACCGGUCAAGAAAGGAGAACAACUUUUUAUUAGCUACUUACCAAUCAACAAUGAAUUGUUAUACGAAGAACGGAAUGAAAAAUUCACAUCUACAUGGGGAUUCAGUUGCAUAUGCGAAAAAUGCCGUGGAUUCAAAAAACCAAUCGAACCAAAUUCAAUCAUUUCGGAUUCCAAUUUUCAAUUCAUCGUAGAGAAUUUCAAUAUUGAAGGCAAUCGAGAUAAAUUACCAAUUUUGAUGGAAAACUGUAUUAUAUUUUUGAAUAAUUUCGGAAACACACCAUGUUCAAACGAGAUUUUGAUGAUCGUUACUAUUUUCGUGGUUUUGUACAUUGAAACGCUUUCAUAACAGUAUUUUGAUUUCGAUUAGAAUGUGAUUUUUCCAUUAGAAAUGAAACAUUUUGAAUAAAAAAAUACUUAAAUAGUCAACGAACAUAAUUGAAGCCGGCUAAUGAUCGAAUCGAGUAACUCGAUUAAACUGUUAAAAUGUAUUUUCCUCAAUAAAAUAAAAGCUAUC